GGGUUAUCCUCUUUAUUGCUUCACAUCAUUCAUCAGGCGCACAGCCUGUGUAUUCAUUCGUUACAGUCAUCUUUACAUGUCGGCUUCAGUCCCGAAUUCAAUGUAUCCUACAAACCUUCAAUUGCCAUGAACUAUCCCUGGCGACCAGCUGCAGCUCGAAAUCUACAUGCCGAUUCUGCGGCUUCACAUUCAUCAUUACCUAGUAAUAGACUCUCUAGCAAUCUUCCCAUCACAGCGGGAACUGUUGCUUCUCGUAUCUUAUUACUUCAAAAGCUUGCGGGCAACCAAAAAAAUAAAUCACCACCUAAAACCCCUUCACGCUUUCCACAAAUCCGAUCAACGUCGAAGACGAGACGAGAGAGAAGCAGCAAAUCACCUCAACGAUCACGAUCCCCGCCUCAGAUUCGACCGUCAUUAAAUAGGAGACGAGAAAAUUCUCGUUCGAGCUUUGGUCGGCGACCAACGAACAUCUUUGGAAACCCGGCAUCGCGGAACUCGCAGCCAAAUGAACAACCGCAAACAGGGACAAAUCAUUCUUUCUUGGGUUUAAGAACGCCGAGAUCGAAUCAUGAUGAGGGUCAUGCUAGAGCGGGGAAUUUAGGUGCGUUAAGGGUUGAUGGGGAUGUUGGACCUUCGUUGAGUGGUUUGCGGGGCUUGGCUAGGGAAGAUGUGAUCAAUAGUGAAUGGGCUCCUGUCUUUGAUAAUUUGAGGGUGUCGAGGAAGGAUCGGGAUCAGAGGAUUGCUGGCCGUGAAGGAGAUUCACAGCUGGGGGUUCAGAAUUUUGGGGACCAUUGCGUUUCGACACAUGCACCGUCUACUUCUCAAUUAUACUGUGACAAAAAACGGAUAUUGAAUUCUUGUCGUGGAAAGGAGAAGAUAGGUCAAGAUGAGAUGUCCAAUUCUGAGGUAUCUAUACGCACCACGUCUACACUUCGGCGGCAGAGUGUUCGAGAUUUGUUUGAUACACAUGGUAUUGAAAGACCACAUGGACUCGCGUCAUCCGAAGUAGCGCGUGAAGAGAUUAAGAAAUCUCUGAAACAUGUCGUCUGUCAUAUUUGCAUGUGGAUUCAUGAUAAGAAUGAGAAUACCUGUUGGAAAUGUGGUCAUCGAUUGUGCAAGGCUUGUGAUAGACUUCUACCAUUUUCAAAUGGAGGGAAAGAUGCAAGUUUUGAUUACGAUCGAGUGGUUUCUGUUGAUCGGAAGGAAGCAGGAAGACGAGUACAUUAUGUCACAACACCUCGGCCAUCAAAAGGCCAAAUUUUAAAGCAAUCACUGUCGAGACCUCUGCCAAUUCCAAUACAAAUUACUAAACACGAGGGCAAUCCGCCCGAGCCUUUUCCACCAUUCUAUCCCAAGAAGGCUCUACCACGGAGCUCAAAACCUGGUUCUGGUUUAGAUCCAAGGAAUAAUGGACCGAUACAAUCGUGUCCUGGUAUUUACCAACUCGAGCGCCCCCAAAAGCUCUCAACUAAAUUUGAGGAAACCUCUCCAGAAAAUUCCAUACUUCUUACACCAAAUUCUUCAUGUCAGUAUGUCAACAAGUAUAGAUCUGAGUCAGGAUCAUUGAAAACACAUGACUGUAGAUGUGAAAGCUGUCAACAAGCUAACCAUGGGAAUUUUGUCUGCCGACAUUCUACUUCUCAUUCACUUGCUCGGAGUGAGGAUAUUAUAGCUAUGGAUGGUCGGUAUGCAAGUGAUAGUAUCAAUGAUGAGAAUGUUUAUCGCUCUCAAUCUUAUCCCGACUCUUCUAAAGCUUCACAGCCCUCGAUGAGAUUGUAUCGAUUUUUGAAUGGAUCUAUACACCGAGCAAUACAACUCAGCCAUGGAUCAGACCAUGGGAAAAUCCCACGGACGUCGAUGAGGUCAGACCCAGUUUUGAACAAUACAGUACAUCGGACUACAAAACCUACCUAUAGAUUAAAUUGCAGAAGCCGUACAGAAAAUACGCAGGAGUCGGAAAGUUCGUGUCAUGCUUUCAAUGGGUCAACCUAUCAACCAGUACAACCGAGCUUUACGUCGGAUAAUGGGGAACACUCGACACUCCUAGACAAUCAUUAUCCAUUCCUCAAUGAUUCAACACAUGGAAAGCGGUCGUCGAGAUAUGGAUCGGAUUAUGUAGAAUGUCGUGGGUAUCCUAGGACUGGCCAUGGACAUUGUGAUCGCAGUCCUGUUAGCUCAGGUAUUUUAGGGGAUUGCCAACAUUGUCUUGAUGAUUGUGAGUGUUCUGCAUGCCAGAGCACAGUUCAUAGUGUUCGGUGUUGCACAAAUGAAGUUCAUAAACCUAUGAUUCAUCUUCAUCGUAGUCCAGCAAAGACCUCACUUAAUGGCGCGUUCAAUUCGAAUACUGGACAUCUUAGCAUUACGCAGGAGAAAAAACCUUAUAUAUUAUCUCGCUCUCAAACUUACGAUCGUUCAACACUUCAUAAGUAUGAUAGUGUCUCGGAAUGGUUGGGGAGUCCGGAUGAGCCUUCGCCACCUCGAAGAUUUGUUACCCCGACAAGCACGCCGUCUAAGACUAUGAAUGUUCUAAAUAAUAUGCCAUCCGUUGCUACCAAACAAGCUGGCACUUCAUUAUCGAUGGCUCAAACUUCAUCACCUUGGACCUCAUCGUCGAUCAUCCCGAAAGGCAUAGCACCGCUAAUGAAGGAGAUCUUCAACAAAACUUCAGAGAACGCUUGUUCAAAAAUAAUCGUAAAGCCAAGCAGACCAUCUUCAAGUGACGGCACUAAAGACCAAUCCGCAGCACCCACAAGAUUCAAUACUCGUUUUCCCACCAACUCUUCUCCGGGCUACUUUUCAUCCAACCCAUGGCGGGAGAAAGAAGCUGUUAGUUUCCCCAAAAAUUAUCUUUCUUGGAAACGCAUGGCGAAAUCUCCACUGCAGCAAGUCGCUAGACGUUCGACGGAUUGUGAGACGUCGGAUGUUUGUGGACAGUCGGAAUGGGCGGAACGGAGACGCGAGAGCGCGGAAUCGAAUUCUUGGAGAAAACGAAAGGAAAGGUUGGGGCGGGAACGGGAACAGGAACAGUUGCGGAAUAAGGUUCAGAGGUGGGAAGAUACGAGGUCGGAAAGUAGGAGGGGGGUUAUGAGGACGUUGGUGACGGUAAGGGAUGGUUUUGGUGUUAGCGCAGGUGCGGGUGCGAAUGAGAUGGCUACACCGGUUAGUGCGGGGGGGUAUUUUGAUGCGCAGAUGAGGUGGUUGUCGAGUGGGAGUGAGCGGGGGAGGGGGAAUGGUAUGACGGGGGUUAUGGGGUCGAUUGUGGAGGAGGAGGGGGAUGGGGGGUCUGAUGGAGAGGGUGAAGAUAGUGAGAAGCAUGAUUGUAUUUGGAAGAGGAGAGUGUGUGGAUUGAAAAAUACAGAUGAUGAUGGUAAGGUUGGUGGGGUCAAGGGUGUUACGAUUUUGGUUCAUAUGGAGCAUGGAGAGGAUUUGGUUUUGAGAACAAAUUGUCAGGGGGGCUUGAGUUGGGAGGGUUUGGAGAGGUUGUUGAGGGUUGAGAUGGGAGGUUAAGGAUUAGUUGUGAUUUGAGAGGGGGAAUUCUAAGAACUUGUGGGAUGGUAGGCGGGCAUUUCUUUUAGAUCACUAGAUAGUGAUGAAUUUGGAAAUCGAAAGGACUAACUAUUGUGUCUAGAAGUGAUCGAAAAAUCGGUGGCUAAUCAAUUGGGCCAGGAAAGAUGAGGAAUCAUUACUACUUGGAAUACAAAAUCUUUUAUUUAUUUUAGAAACCCUGGCACUAAAUCUCCCUCAAUGGGUUCUACGCAUUGCUACUGACCACCCAACCCUAUAAAUCCAAAGAAUGAACUUUCCCAGCGAGAAAUUCCACAGUAACAAUCCUCGCUCUAAUCUAUGUAGUUUGACUGAUAGCCGUCGCAUUAUAAGCCGAUCACUGCCUUUUUUGACAGACUAUCUUCCUCUUCUUGGUAUCAAUACGUCUCUUUCUAGAUGCUGAUAAGAAAGCUCCUACUUGAGGCAUUACCAGAAGAGUUCAAGAAGAUCAAUUUUGCUACACA